GAUGUGGCUGCAGCAGGCUGGGAUGGGCUAUAAAUAGACUUCACCCACUUUCAGUUUUCUUUCUGUAAGUGGCUCCAUGCUGGGGACACGUGCGAUAGCAGCCAGGCUGAGAAGGGGUGUUCCUGGCCUUACUGGCAGGCUGGGGGCUCUGUAGGGAAGAGUCUGAUCAGAGGCUGCAGAGAGCCAGCCUAGAACAAGGAUACUGGGCUAGAUGGACCUUUGGUCUGACCCAGUCUGGCUGUUCUUAUGCUCUCUCCCUGGAUUUGGUUCUUGCAUGUGAAAGUUCUGGAGUCUAAGAAUUAAACAGUGGGAUGCUGCAAUUUCCCAGUGAGAUCUGACCGGUCUGUGUGUAUGCCAGAUGAAUGUUGGUUCGCUCCUCUUCCCAGUCCAUGCUGCUUCCCCUCUUGAUUCUCCACUUUGCCGUGGCAGAAACCUCAGCACCAGAUGUUGUAGCUCAGUUCGGGGGGGAUGUCACCCUGAGCUGCCUCUUCCCAUCCCCGUCCGGGAUGAACCUCCAGCGCCUGACCCUCACCUGGCAGAAGGAACGGGCGGGGGCAGAGGACCUGGUAGUUCAUAGUUACUAUUACGGGAAGGAGCAGCUGGAGAGACAGGACGAGGCUUAUAGGAACCGGACUCGGCUGGAUCCAGAGGGGCUGGCCCAGGGGAACGCAUCCGUGACACUGAGGGGCGUCCGCAUCCAGGACGAGGGCGUCUAUCUCUGCCACAUCACCUCGGAGCAGGGCAAGAUUUCAGAAAGGAGACAGGUUAAAGUGAUGGCCCCGUACUCGGAGGCCCGACUGGAGGUUAGCGUGAGCAGCCAGUUGACCCUGACCUGCUGUGCAGAGGGCGGGUACCCCGAGGCCUCUGUGCUGUGGCUGGAUGGAGCCGGGAACAACGUGACGGCGGAGAGCGACACCAGGCUGCAGAGAGACCCCAGGGGACUCUGUGAUGUGAGCAGCCGAAUCCUCCUGCCCAGGGGAGAAAGCGGCAACUACACCUGCCUCCUGGAGAGCCCCGGACAGCCCCACAUCGUCCGACACCUGAGCGUCUCCUGCAGCCCAGAUAACUGUACUAACAACCUGUGCCUGCUUAUCGCCCUGCCCAUGACAGUGCUGCUGGGUGUUCUGGGAAUUGCCUGGUGCUUCCUAAGGCGUCGGUUCUCGCGGUGUUCGGCUGCAAACAUAGUGUGACCCACGUAAUGUGAGCUGCUUCUCUGUGUCUCUGUCUCCUCUCUGUCCAGGUGUACGUCCUUUGAGGCAGGGCCUGUCUCUCAUAACAGGACGCUCGUGUGAGGCUGUAGAGAAACAACAGUCCUUAAUAGAGACUGAGGCUCUGGUUCAGUGUGUGUUAGGUGUCAUCUAGUGAUAGUCCCUAUAAUAACCUACUACAGCUGCGGAGUGACUGCCUUAUUUUCUUACAUGGAGUGAAGUGCUAAUUGGACUGACUGCUUUAGCUCCACACACAGGAAAACAGCCUUCUACCGUUGCCAGCUAGUGGAGUGACUCCUUUAGCUCCACCUAGAAUAUAAGUGUGCUAGCUAGACGUCAGUGAGCCCCUCUGAAAUCCCGGGUGCCUCUGUCUCUUUGAAAGAUGCAUUUUCUUUCUGCUCAGAUAAAUCCAGAGCUGCUAAAAUCCAUCUACGGGGAGCGCUCAGGUUUUGCUCCGUGUGUUGGGCGGCUGUAUGACUUGAUGAGCCUGCACAUGUCCCAGCAGCCUUUGGCAAGUGUCCUGUUCAUGUCGGACGUCUUC